AAACGUCCAGUAUAUCGAUUACAAAGUCGAAUCGUGCUCUAAUCGCGCAAACAUGCCAACACCCAAGCCACCACCAGAGCUGAAUAUCCCCAAAUCUGACAGUACUGUGAAAGUAUCAUGUAUCGAUAGUACCUCGCGGUUCUCGUUACCCCUUACGACUUUCCUCCAGCCAGACUACAAGGGCACCGACCGACUCGUAGGAGCAUCAUUUUCCUUCCUCAUCGAGCAUCCGAAUCACAAACCCAUUCUGUUUGAUCUAGGUGUCCGGAAAGACUGGGAAGACUUUCCCUCCUACGACAAGUGGGUACGUCUGAAGUGGGAGAUUGUUGUCGACCGUGAUGUGGCAACCAUUCUGAAGGAGAAUGAUGUCGAUGUCGAUGGAGGAUCCAUCGAGUCGAUCAUCUGGAGUCACCAUCACUGGGAUCAUCUCGGAAAUGCUUCCUUGUUCCCGCAUUCGACUGAAAUCGUCGUCGGCCCUGGCUUCAAAGCAGCGCAUCUGCCAGGGUAUCCGACCAAUUCAGAUUCGUUGAUAUUGGAGACAGAUCUCGAGGGCAGAGAGAUCCGCGAGGUAGCGUUUUCAGACCGCGAAGAUGGUCCCAAGAUCGGAAGGUUCCGUUCGCUGGACUACUUUGGAGACGGUAGCUUCUACCUGCUUGAUACGCCUGGUCAUUCAGUGGGUCAUAUUUGUGGACUUGCACGAACGUCUGCAUCACCUGACUCAUUCGUCUUCAUGGGCGGCGACGCUGCUCAUCAUGGCGGUGAAUUCCGACCAACAGAAUAUCUGCCGCUGCCACAAGAAAUCACGCCAUCACCUUUAGUGUUUCGAGGACGGACAUGUCCAGGGCAUCUUCUCCAAGACGUUCAUGCACACGCAGCGGCGGACAAGCCAUUCUACUACGUGACGGCAAGUUUUUCCCAUGACAAGGAAGUGGCAGACUGGACCCUCGAUGGCCUCGGCGAGUUUGACGCACAUAAGAAUGUCCUGCUACUGAUGGCGCACGACAAUGUCGUCGUUGACCCUCCCCGUAUGGACUUCUUCCCUAAGCCAAUGAACAAUUGGUUGCAACAAGGUAUCGGAGAAAAGAUUCGCUGGUUGUUUCUCAAGGACUUCGAGCAGGCGAUCGAGGCAAAGGAGCGAGGCGAGGCGCCGUUCUUCUGGGGCAAGUAUCCUUGAGGCUUGUGAGAUUGCGAUGCAUACCGCGAGGGCAUUGGUAUUAUUUUGGCGACAACGAGCUAUUGCAGAAACACUGCGUGAUGAGAAGUUACAAUCCACGUAAAUCGAAACUCCCACAUACAACCCAGAUCUUGACGCCCAGGUGUCUAUUGGUUAUAGCCGCUCAUAUGGCCGGUUGGGACCCACUCCCAUUGAACUUGAUGGCCUGGUGUUCAUAGGUCCGAAUUUUGGAACCACAAGGAACCUCGAAGAUGUCGACUACUUGACUAUGCCUUACGUUUGUCACAUCUGACCUGUUGGCCUACCCUU